UGAUGAGUGAGAAGAUGGACAUGGAGAUGAAACCUAUUCCAAAACAAAUCAAAAGGGUGAGCAUCAUGCUCAACUCAGAGGACGGCAGAAAAACCCAGAGCAGCUCCAUCGGCGCCGUCCGCUGGACGCUGCCCGAGGAGAGCGUCCAGAUCCACAGCUCGGCCCCCAGCAUCCCCGCCACCCAAAAAAGCAGCCUCUCAAAGCACUCACAGGAACGUCGUCAUAGCAACCUGAUGGACCUCCGCAGCCUGCAGGAGUGCGUGCAGUUCAUCAACCACUGGAAGGAGCAGGUGGACCAAGUGUGCAAGGGUGGGAAAGACUCAGCGGAAGGCGCGGCUGAGAGAGAGGCCCAGAGUUCAGACCGCCGCACGGAACGAAGCCUGGAGGAGAGCAGGAAACUCAUCCUGGAGUGGGCCGACGAGCUCCGCCACGUUGACAAGCUUCUAAAAGAGACCCCCUGGGCAUGCGAGAGUCAAGAACAUGAAAAGAAAAAAGACAAAGACGACAAAGAGGAGGCACAAAUGAGGAUCAUGGGCUGCGGCGUGGCGAGCGAGGAGCUGGGCAAAGUGCUGCGCCUGCUGGGCCUGAAGAAGAAGAGGCUGGUGAGGCUGCUGCCCCUGCUGGAGUUCAUCACCUGGUCGCUGCUCAGAGAGGAGAGCACGACAACAAUUCCACGCUUAUGGUUGUUGACAAAGCAGAGAACAUGGAAAGCAGGAAUUCCGAGAUACAUCCCCAACUCAGCCGAUGUCAUUCUGGACCCGGCGACGCACCACCCGUGGCUGCAGCUGUCGGACGACCAGCGCAGGGUUCAGGAGGGCAUCGCGGAGUCCGAGCUGCCCCGCAGCUCCCAGCGCUUCGACAGCUGGCCCUGCGUGCUGGGCUGGGAGGGCUACAGCAGCGGCCGCCACUACUGGGAGGUGGACAUCGCCAACAACGGCUACUGGCGAGUCGGACUGACCACCGCCGACUCGGAGCGGAAGGGCCACUUCCCCAUGACCCCCAAGCACGGCUACUGGACCCUGUGGCGGAGCACCAAUCACUUCUACGCCUGCAGCCGGCCCGAGACGCAGCUGCCCCUCAGCCUGGUGCCGCGCCGCAUGGGCGUCUUUUUAGACUACAAGGAGGGCCAGAUCUCCUUCUACAACGCAGAAACCAAAACCCACAUCUACACCUUCACCGGCAGCUUCAGGGGGAAGCUGUACCCUCUGUUUGCUCCCAUGGACGGUCGCACUCUCAUGACAAUCAUCCCGCCGGACCAAAUCUCUGUAAAG